CCACCGGAGUCACCACUCCUCCUCCUCCUCCUCCUCCUCCUCUCCUCCUCUUCCUCUCCUCCUCCUGAGGCUGAAAACACCAUUGCUCAUCCCGGGCCGUGACAUUUUACAGCCUGUCGCCGUAUGCUUGCGCGGACAGCGAGCGCAGAGAGCCAAAAAGGAAAAAAGGGGGUGGACGCCGUGGAAGACUGUCUGUCGCCCGCACGCAGAAACCGAGCAUCAGGACGCUGUGCGAUCCGGAGCGAGAAGCGCACCACGCGGAGGCGAGUCGCUGCAGGAAGCCGCUGCUCCCUUUCACCUCGCCCCCUGGACCAAAACCGGACGCGGCCCGAAACAGGACCGAAUAAGGCGGACAUUUACGUCUCGGAGCCGAGAGGCAGAGGAAAGGAGCAGAGCUCUCUGGACUAGCCGAGGAGCGCAUCUUCAUCUCCGGUGAGGGUCUGGCUGUCGAGGCGCAUGGAGAAGAGGUAUGAAGAGCUGGUGCACUACUCAGGGUCGGAGGGCAUGUCGGUGGGGGCGUAUGGGGAAGAUGUCAGGGGGCUUCCUCCCCCGCAGUACGGACCAACCAUCCCUGACUCCCUCAAACACCACAAAGACCAGAUCUAUGGUCACCCACUGUUUCCACUGCUGGCCUUAGUGUUUGAGAAGUGCGAGCUGGCCACCUGCUCCCCUCGAGACUCCUCCUCCCUCUCAGCCACCUCCCACCUCCCCAGCAUGACCAGUCACAGUGACGUUUGCUCUUCUGACUCCUUCAAUGAUGACAUCGCUGCCUUUGCAAAGCAGAUUCGUUCAGAGAAACCCAUAUUUUCUACCAAUCCUGAGCUGGACAACUUGAUGAUCCAGGCAAUACAGGUUCUUCGAUUCCAUUUACUGGAAUUAGAGAAGGUGCAUGACCUGUGUGACAAUUUCUGCCAUCGCUACAUCACUUGCCUGAAAGGAAAAAUGCCAACAGACUUAGUCCUUGAUGAGCGAGAAGGAGGGUCCAAGUCUGACAUGGAGGACUUCAGUGGAUCCUGCACUAGUCUUUCAGAGCAGAAUGCGUCGUGGUUACGCGAGCCAGAUGAAUGUGCUACAACUCCUUUGGGAACACCAGGGACAUGUGGCCUGCCCUCACACAGCACAGCUGACAACUGCAGUGAUGCCGGUGAUGGUCUUGAUGGCGGAGUGGCCUCUCCCAGUACUGGGGAAGAGGACGAGAGUGACAGAGACAGACGGAACAACAAGAAGAGGGGGAUCUUCCCUAAAGUGGCCACAAACAUCAUGCGCGCGUGGUUAUUUCAGCACCUGACGCACCCGUACCCAUCAGAGGAGCAGAAGAAGCAGCUGUCGCAGGACACGGGGCUGACCAUCUUACAGGUCAACAACUGGUUCAUCAAUGCCAGAAGAAGAAUAGUUCAGCCGAUGAUUGACCAGUCAAACCGCUCAGGUCAGGGUGGUCCCUACAGUCCAGAGGGAGCAGCUCUUGGGGGCUAUGGGCUUGAUGGGCAGGCCCACCUUGGGCUUAGAACUGCAGGUCUCCAGGGAAUGUCAACUCUACAAGCUGACUACCCUGGUGCUCUGCUCUCCCAGCCAGGCUAUCCUUCACACCCAGGACCAUCCCUCCACCCGUACCCCGGCACACACCCUCACGCAGCAAUGCUGCUCCACCCACCCCCACAUGCACACCCUGCAGAGCCACUCCUCACGCAAGGACUGGACAUACAUGCACACUAGCUGUUGAGGGCGGAAAACCUAUGGAAUGAAUGUGUGAGUUAGUGUCUGGCGGGAUACGUGUGUGUGGGAGAUUGUAUGUGUAAUGACUCCUUCGAUACUUUAUUUAAAAAACAAAAAACACACAGCUCCAAAAGUUUACAUUCCCCAAUCUAAGACACUGACCUCAAUGUAGCUGUUCCACCUAUUGACACACGCAUACACACAUACGUACAGACAUAUGCGCAAACACUUCGCCCUCACACACUUCAGUCUGGACCCACAGGUGUAAGCCAUACCUCUCUCAAAGUAGAAGUGCUUCCUCCUCUUUAAAUGUCUUCACUGUGUCCUGUGGGUGAGACACUUGCUUUAAACUACACUUCCCAUCAUGCCUGCUCAACCACAGGAACACACUUGAUGGGAUGAGAGAGUAUGCGAGUAUGCAUUAACAGACUUUUUGCAACUGCACAAGGGUGUUACUGGAUGGGACAAAAUCCUGUGAACCUGCCUUCUUUCCCACUACCCUUCUUCCUACACUCAAAGAUAUACACAUAAACACACCUCCACACACACUUUAUUUAAAGCUUUUUUCCCCUUUUUUUUCCUAUUCUAUUUUUGUAUUUAUGUGUGCCACUCCAGGCAGAUGUGGCUUCACGUGAGUUUGUUGAAAUGUUAGUGCUCUUCCUCAGCAUGAAGCUAAAUACUAUGAAUGACUUCCAGUCUGCCUCGCUCUUGUAUCACUGACCUCCUUAAGAUGCCACCAGGUAUCCGUUACCUUAGGAUUUUUCCUACACACUUGGAAACACACACACACACACGCACACAUCAACAUACACAAAAAGCCAUUUCAGCACACACGCACACUGACUUCUGUAAGCAUUUCUAGUACAUUGCGGAGUGUCACAGCAGUAUGCGAGGGGAGCUGCCGCCAAAGGACUCUUUAAACAUUCAGCUCCCUCUCCACUCUGCGUAGACAGCCUAAAGUAUUUCUGAAUGAUGAUGGGAAAAACAGCUAAAGUAUUAAAGUGUUUUUUUUCCUUUUUUGUAAAACUUGUCUUCUGUCAUUUAUAUGUCUGUGAUUAAUUUCU